AUGGCUGAGAAGGGUGAUCCUUUCCGGGAUCUGGUUUUCAGCGGGGCACCUUCGGAGUACAGGCAUUUUCGGCGGAAGAUACUGCUGAAUGUGGCUUCGUUGGAGGAGAAGCAUGUCAAGCUGGCGGGACCCAAGAUCUUGACCCGCCUGACUGGCGAGGCUUGGAGAGCUACGGAGCACUUAUCUAUCAGCGAGCUGCGCUCAGAAGAUGGAUGGCUGCGCGUUCUGCAGGCACUGGAUGGGCAUUACAAGUAUUUGCCCGAGACGGAGCUGAAUGAGUGCGUGGAUGAGUUCCUCUUUCACCUGAAGAGGAAAGCGGGUGAAGGGCCGACGGCUUUUGUUUCUCGCUUCAAGGCCGUGUUGAGCAGACUGGAGACACUGAUCGCCGCGGAGCGUGCUCAGCGCAAGACUCCAAAGCGGAAGAGGGAGUCCAUUCUGCGACGCCCUGAUGCUGGGGGCCACACGGAGCAAGAGGAGAGCGAGACAUCCGGAGGCAGCUCCGGAGAACCGCCCCUGACCAAGGAGCGGGUGGACGCAGCGGCUGCGUCAGCGGGAGAUCCGUCAGCCAAGGCGACCGACGACACCAAGGGCCCGAAGACGGUCGGAAGCUUUGUUGGCGAGAAGUCUCCGAAGCGUGGGCCACCUUCUUCGGGUGGUUCCCACAGAAGCCGUGGAACUCAGAAGGCAGACGACGACCGAGCCCAACGUCGUAUGCUGGAAAGCUUGGGCCGCCUGGAGGUGGGACACUUGAAGCUGAAGCCGAUUUUUCCGGCUGUCAUCUUGGGACACCUCUUCAUGCGAAAGUAUGGCUUGAAUCGGGAGCAGAGAAGCCAGGUCAUUCGCUCCACGGGCGGCUCGUGCAAGUUCGAGGACAUUGAGAAAGUGAUCCGGGCCUCCGACUACGAGGACCGGCUUGGCGAUGGACAUCGUGGACCGGCCCAGCGCCCACACCGGGGCGCGGUCAUGGCUGCUGAGGAAGAGAGCAGCUGCAGCGAGCCUUCCUUUUCGGAUCCAGAAGCCUUGGAGGCCGACGUGGCUACCGGCAGCGAGGUGGACGAGGAAUAUGAGGAGGCCUACGAGGUCCACAAGAAGGCCAAGCAGGACGCAAAGCGCGCCUACAGAUCCUACAAGGACAGUCGGAAGAAGGUCCGAGAGAUCAAGAAAGAGCGGCAACCCUACAUGCCAGUUGUCGCCUUGCCGGCGGGAUCCGCGAAUCCAGCCGAUGGGCUGCCCGUGCAGCCCACCUUCAAGUACGACCACCGGAAGGAGGGUCGGAAGCCCGACCGCGACCGCGACCGCGCCAAGGGCGGUCGAAAAGGGCGAAGGGAAGAGGUGAGCAUGGUCCAUGGAGCGGUGCUCACCGAGUUUUCCUACAUGGUGGAAGACCAGUCGCACGAGGCCAGCGACGCCGAUGUUUUUGCGACCUGUGUUCCGACUGGAAUGGCCGUGGUGGACACAGGCUGCACUACUUCUGUGAUCGGCCAGGACACUGCCGCCAAGUACGCGUCCUUGUGGGCGCAAAAGGGCCUCCCAGAGCCAGUGAAGGUCGCUCUUCCUCCUGUGCAGCUGAAGGGUUUCAAUGGCAUGAAGUCGCUGUCAGGAGAUGGACUACGCUGGACUGUUCUUAUAGGGCAGUUGUGGGGUCAGAUCACGACCUACGUCAUCCCAGGGACUGCGCCGUUUCUACUGUCCAGGAAAGUUCUACAGGGCAUGGAAGCUACACUGAACUUGAAGGACAGUACGAUCACUAGCCAGAAGCACGGCAUGGAGGCAGUUCCUUUGGCUCAGGCAUCGAACGGACAUCUUCUUAUGUCCCUGCUUCCAGAUGCGGAGGGCGAGGCCGUCUUCCACACGACCGAGGCCUUCGAUGAAGAGGUGCCUGGGCGGGAGAACUUUGACCGUGCCGGAGCGUGCAUCUUUGCCUACAGACACCAGCCGCCCGAAGCACAGCGUGCAGCGGCUCUAGAUCCCGAGAUCCCGGUGGAACAUAAGAACCCUUCCACCACUGUCCUUGCUGAGGCUGGCAGUGAAGCACCACCGGCUUCCGAGCAGUGUGACUGCUGCGAGCCUGAGACGCCAGAAGCAGAUGAAAUCACCCUAGGCCCAGCCUUUGAAGUAGACUUUCACAUGUGUGCAAACGGUCUGGUUUGUAAGAAUUCUAAGCUGCCGAUUAAGCGGCCGACACGCAUUGUCACCAGUGAUCCGGCCCUGGCCGAAGGGCUGCGCCGUUGCAGAUGUCCGGACCAUACAGAGCAUGCACAUUUCAUGGCCACCCAGGGUCUUCGAUACCCAAGGCUGUUCUGCCGCAGUGUGGCGGCCUGCCUGGCGCGCAGGGACACUGAAGUCCUUCCGACCCAUGAUGUUUUUCUUGAAACGGAUGAUGAAGCGGACUCCGAGAGGGAGUCAGAGCCCGAUGUGGAGAUGCCAGAGGAUGCCCCUGACCCUCAGGUCCCUAGACAAAGGUCCUACAAGGCCAUGGUUCAAAAACUUCAUGUGAACACCGGGCACGCCUCGAUUCCACAGAUGCUUCGACUGGCUCAGCGUGCACGUGCACCGACUGGCGUGGUCGAGGAAAUUCGCAAAUUCAAAUGUCCGGUGUGCGAAGAGCUGCAGGUUCCACCAUCCCACAAGGUUGAACUGAAAAAGGAUGGAGUUAGCGGGAUAGAGGAGCGUAAAUCUCAGGUUCUUACAGUAGUCGACUACGCUUCUGAUUUUGCCCAGCAGAUUGUGCUACCACCUGGCCCCCGUUCAGUGGCGACAGCUUGUCACGCCGUUUGGUGCCGCCCCUACGGCCCACCGCGAGUGAUCUAUGUCGAUCCGGACCAGCGCUGGAUGUCUGAGGAUUUCCAGAAGUUCCUUAGGUGCAAUUCCAUCACCCUGCUUGAUAGUGCCACCGAGUCACAUUGGCAGCUUGGCAGAGUAGAAGUUGCACAGAAGAUCCUCAGAAUGAUGGCCCAGCGGGUUUGGCGGACCACUGAGCGUCCGGCCGAAGAAGUGAUCGAGAGUUGCUGCAGUGUCCGGAACGAGCAGCUGAAGCGCCAUGGUUUCUCUAGUGCCCAGUGGUUUCUUGGUCGAGAACCCCGGGUUCCGGGUAGCUUAGCUGAUAUCUCUGAGCAACGCAAUCCCGCCGUUCAGGACGCUGUCCAUGCUGAGACCGAUUUUGCACAGAAGAUGCAAGUGCGCCACCAGGAAAAGGCCAGUUUGCUACCCGGCAUGGCUCCUGGCUCGGCCCUGGAUGAAGUUGUGUUCAAGCAGCUGGCACAGGAGUUUUACUCCGGCCGUCUUCCCGACGAGCUGGAACAGGUGUCCCCUGCGAAGCGCGGUCCCGCAGGACGUUUCUUCGAUAUCACUGGUGAGCUGCCUAUGGAUGCCGAUUUUCUGACACCUCCCGGCUCCGACCAGGAGGGCGAACCUGCGGAACCGCCUUCCGAUAGAAAUGUCCGACGGCGAAUCACCAGAGAUGAUGAGUACUGGCGUGCUCGUGCAUCGGAGCCCUCGCCACGAGGAGAGCCUUUGGUUCGUGUAAGGGAAGAUCCCCCUAACCUUGAGGAACCUUCGUCCAAAGUAGCGCGUGUAGAAGAAGAGCACCCGAUACCCGAAACUCCUCUUGAUUAUUCACCAUCCUUACCACCUGCCGAACCUUCUCCCAGUAGUCCCCUGGACUUGGAAGAUCUGCCACCAGUAUCCAAUUCUCCCCUCGACGGUCAGUCCGAAGCCGAAGACCUUCCGGAUGCUGAUAACCUGUGCUGUGAGCUGUCCUUUGAUGUCUUCUCCACUGACAUAACUAGUGACAUCGGUUGUCUAUGGGAUAUCCUAGACGAGUGCGCCGUGACGGCAGCCCGACCUGGACAGAAGCGCAGGGUAGAAGUAAGCCUUAGAAAGCUCGGUGCCGCCGACCGGAACCGAUUCAAAGGUGCCAUGCGCAAGGAAUGGCAGAGCUGGCUGGAGAACAAGGUCACCACCAUAGUUAAGGGUAAGGGCAUUCCUAAGUCCCGAGUCAUAGGCUCACGAUGGGUGUUGACCUGGAAGAAGUCCUCCGACCCCGAUGACAAAACUCUGUCGCGUAAGGCCAGGCUUGUGUUGGUCGGCUUCCAAGACCCCGAUUUAGGUAGAAUAGCCACCGAUAGCCCGACACUUCGCAAAGAAAGCAAGCAUAUCAUUCUGAGCAUCUGCGCAAGUAAGGGUUGGGUAAUCUGGGGUGCCGACAUCAAGACCGCCUUUUUGUCAGGAGAUGCGUCGAAUCGGGACCUGUAUUUCCGGCCACCCGACGAAGUAAGAGAGUUCAUGCAGCUAGAUGAAGAUGACAUACUCCGGUUGGAAAAGGCCGCGUAUGGCCUGGCAGAGGCCCCGAGGGCGUGGUUCCUUAGGCUUACCCGAGAGCUGUGUGCUGUAGGCCUAGUGGUUUCCCAGCUUGACCCAUGCGUGUUCCUACUCCGGUGUGAAUCCACAAAUGAUCUCCUCGGUGUGUGUGGAACCCACGUUGAUGAUUUGCUUGGCGGUGGUACAACUGCAAUGGAUAAGUGUCUUCAACGCCUCAAAAGGACCCUGCCCUUCGGAGACUUUCGACGGACCACAAUCAAGUACACGGGAGCUGAGAUCCGUCAGCUACCCGACAUGAGCAUUGAGGUCAGCCAGGAAGCCUACAUCGAUAAGAUGGAAGAAGUGUGCACCAAGCCUUUUGGAAAAGCUUCCAAUCGACUGCCCGAGCCGACCUUGAUGCGUGCAUGCUGUGGUCAGCUGGCUUGGGUGGCAAACCACAGCCGCCCGGAGCAGUCAUUCCUAGCAUCUUACUUGCAGGGCACCCAGGAUAAAGCUGAAGUCUCGCAUCUAGAAUUGUACAACAAAGCGGUUCGAGAGCUCAAGACCCGUAAGGUUACCCUAAAGUUCCCUUGUAUCCCCAUCUCUAGAUGGAGAUUGCUAGCGAUCACAGAUGCUGGCUGGGGUGUGCGCGCCAACGGAGAGUCCCAAGGCGGACUGAUCCUCUGCCUGUGUGACCAGGAUGUCUUGGAGCGUAAGCCGGGUGCCACUUGGGUGAUAGAAUGGUCUUCUAAGAAGCUUAGAAGGGUCGUCCGUAGCUCCACCGCGGCUGAGACACUGGCCGCCCAGAACGGUCUGGAUGCAAUCGAGUUUGCACAAUCCUUCUUGCAAGAAGUUCUCUACGGUAUGUCCCCUAAGGUUUUUCAGCAGUGGACCCCCGAGAACCCCUCAGGUUUAGUCAUCGAUAGUAAAUCCUUGUAUGACGCCCUCACGCGAUCUGCUUGCAGCAGUGCCCUGGCUAUGGAGAAGCGUCUUGCAAUUGACUAUGCGAUCGCAAGGGCUUGUCUGUCUGAGCGGUGUGUGCAGCCCUACUGGACCAACAAUCUUCAGAUGGUAGCCGACUGCCUCACGAAGCUCAAAGGCAAUAAGGAAGUCCUAUAUAACCUGUUGGAUGCUUGUAAGUACCAUGUACGUCCCAGCAAGGAGUCCGGCCGCAAAGAAACCGCUCGCCGGACAGGCCCGACGAGGGCCACCAAAGGCCACUAG